ACUGUUUACCUUCAAAACAGAAUUUUUUUUUUUGAGUCUAUAGAAACUAAAAACGUUUCGAAAAAAGGUUUAUUUCAAGAAAACGAAAAGUGUAAUACUUGAAAAAACGAACUUGAGAAAAUGUUGCAUCAAAAAGUUAUCUUUGAUACUUGGAAAAAAGAUUUUAUGAUUGCUACACAAUUUGAUCAAGCAAAUGAAACAGCAAAUGCAAUCGCUACUUAUAAACUUAUUUUAAAUGGAAUUGCAAAGUUUGUUGAUGGUGGUAAUAGUUGCAAUUCACAACAUAAGGAAACAGCAAAUAAAAUUAUGCACUGUAUUAAAAAUAGAAUUGUUGUACUAUCUAAAAGCAAUGAACAAGAGUGGCCGUCAUUAGAAGAGAUUUUGAAACUAAAACCAGUGCUAAGCAACUUCUAUAAAUGGAAAAAAGUUUUCCCUGUAUUAAUAAUUACUGAAAAUGCCCCUGAAACAAACAGUGUAGCUAGUAUUGAAUUUGAACCAAUGAAAGAGCUGCAACCUCCAUUAGAAAAAAACAGUUUGUAUCGAAGAUUUGCUUUUGACCUUCAAAGAAUUGGUUUAAAAUAUCCAAGAUGUUUAUUAAAUCCUUUUUUAUCAAUAUCAUUAAGAGAUGCUGACUCAGUACUUUUAACACCAAUUGUUAACACUCCAGUAUUAAAAACAAUUAGAGACGAUUUCUACUACUUGUUAAACUAUCGAGUUAAUGUUCAAAUGUAUUUAGAAAAAAUACCUCGGUUGAGUGCAAUUUUUUUUGAAUUGAAGCACACAUUUGAAAAUAGACUGGAGACAAAGUACUUCACUUUUCUAUCUCAUGAAUACUUUAAAUGCAAUAAUGUUUUUUUAGAAAUAUAUAAAGGUCCUGUUGACUAUCAUCGAAAAAACUUGAGGAAAAUGACUACAACAAAACCAUUAUACUUGCAUUUAGCAAUCAAAAUGAUUGAUGUGUAGAACACGAUAUUAUUGAUCUCUUAGCAUCAUUUAUGAUGCUAAGAGAUUAAUAUUAUGAUUAUAACUUGUAUAAAUUAUUUAUUAUUGAAUUAUUUAUGAAUUUUACUGUUAUAUUUUAACAAAUUUUUUAACAAACUUAUAAGCUGGCAUGAUUUACUUUAGUGUAGUCUAUUUCAAUUAUUAUUUUAUCUUUUGUAAAGUAACCUGCUCCAGACAGAAAGUGUUACAGGCGUCGCUGUUUACGAGCUUAAUUAAUAAUUACUUGUAUUAUUUAUAGUUAUUUAAUAAUAAAAAUAUUACAAAUGGUGCCUAUGCUAUUCACGAAUUACAUAUGUCAUCUCUAAAAUACUAUACACGAGGUUUACCAACAAGAAGCUAUGUCAGAGAGCUUUGCACUUGAUAUGUAAAUUCUACGUAACACGGCGUUAAUAUUUGGCCAAAAAUCUUUCAACGCGAAUUGUUCGCGCGGCUAUUAAAACUAAAUGUCGUUUAGACUGAAAUAUUUUUACGUUUGGUUUACUCUACACUAAAAUAUGCAACCAAGGUUCAUGGCUUAAUUGGUGAAAAGUUGAAUGUUUUAAUGUGUUAAUAUGUUAAAAUAUUAGUUAUAUUUUUUGUUGAUGGAAGAAUAUAUGUAUUUUUACA